AUGAGCUAUCACCGAAGAACUCAAAAUUUGUUUUUCCAUCAUCAGGUCGCCGCAGAGCACAACAGUGCCGAGGCAACAAGGGUACUUUUGGACGGAGGAGCCUCGGCUGGCGUAAAAGACAACAGUGGAAUGUCUGCACUUGCCCUUCUUAUUUCCAAGAUGCCUGUUGUGGCUUACAAAGCUCUUGAUCAGUUCCAUUCAGUUGACAGAAUUCAUCGUAAACAAAAUUUUUAUCUGAAUUUCUUGGAAACCGACGACGGCAAAACUUCCGCUCCCUCACCCUUACAAGCUGCCUCUCAAUCAAACUGUCUGGAACUUAUAAUGCAUCCGAUCUUCCAACGCCUCAUUGAUGUAAAAUGGAGAUAUUUUCGACUUGAAGCAUGGCUAGAUAUUCUUCCCAACGUGUUGAUGGCCAUUUUUUACACCAUCUUGGCAUGCUCCGUCCCUCAAGAAGUAAACAAGUUUUAUUCACCUCUUACUAAAAAUUGGUGGAAGAUAGUAAUCGAAGUUGUGUUUGUUGUUAUAACAUUCAAUGAAAUCAGAAACGAGGUGAAGGAAUACUACCGAUCCAAAAAACAAUCCAGUAAAUUCAUAAAAUGGAGAAAGAAAGAGGUGGAACGUGAUUUGGCAUUUUGCCACCCGCGUUGGCCUCAAGAAAGAACGUUCGUCGAACAAGAGAUGCGGCGGAUUAAACUGGACAAAGAGAAUAAGCGGACUUAUUUCUCAGACGCAUGGAACUAUAUCGACUGGAUCACCUAUGCCAUGCUGAUGGUAGUUAUUAUUCUCCACAUGAUAAACCUGUGGGUCGAUGAUAAUCUGUACAAUGAUGUCUUCGUUCGCAUUUUGUCAUGCACAGUGAUUCCUGUCUGGCUUCGUUUGCUCAAGUAUGCCCGGCCCUUCCCCAGUCAGGGACCCUUUGUCGUGAUGCUCGACCAUAUCAUUUUAGAUAGUGCAAAGUGGUUGUUUGUGAUUUCGAUGUUCUACAUUCCUUACGCGGCUGCAUUUUGGAUCAUGUUCGGUCCACAGUCACAAAUCCCGGUGAAGGGAUACAACAGCACAACAAGCUUAAUUUACACGAUGAUCCGUAUUCCCUUGCUAGAUGACUAUAAUUUUACGGGCUUGGAAAAAGCUGCCCCUUACAUGACACGUUUUCUUUGUGGUUCUUUCAUCAUCAUUGCUGCUAUUGUUUUAAUGAAUCUUUACAUUGCGCUUUUGUCGAACACGUUCCAGCGGGUUUACGACAACGCGCGAGCCACUGCUGCCAUACAGCGGGCUCGGCUUCUUCAAGAUUUGGAGCUGGACGCGUCAGCGACGAAACGGAGGCGCUAUAGAGAGUACAUAAGUACGAACUACAGUCCCGAGGAAACUGACUAUAUCGCAGUGCUCUCAGAAGAAGAAGAACAAACCCGAAAACAGGGCGAAAAGGUUUCUGAAAUUCACAACAUUGUCACCAAGCGCUUUGGCGGCAAGAAGUUUGGCAAACUUGAACGAAGUGAAUUUGAUUCGGUGUUGGAUGAUUUGGACAUGCUCAAACGAUCUCACGGAGAGUUGAAACGUUCUCUUUCUUUGUUAACUUCAAACCUGGAAGAACUGACCAGGACAACUUCGUUAAUCUUAGAAGAUCGCGAGCGCGUCGGUCAGGAGCGAUACCACGACGGGCAAGAGGAGAUUUUGAAGCGCCUAAACUGGACAGUUUCAAGAUUAGAAUCCGUGUACGCUAUCGACAACGGUUUAAAUCCUGAUCAACCAUUACGAAACCAUAAGGCGAACCAAACAGAACAGUAGCAGAAUCAAUAUGCCUGACAACACAGACUAGAACUGGGUACCAAUGAUCAUAUGUAGUCACAUCGGCAUUCUUAUUCAACUACAAAAAUAUGAAAAACGAUUAUUAAAAUUUUUCGAGUUCAGCUUCUCAUUAUUAAUUUCGGCGACUAAUUUCAA